AUGGCUGCUCUUGUACCAGAGUAUCAUAUCCGGGUGGGUUCACAGGUGCUAACACAAGCCUCCCGACAGACUCGAGUGAGAGCCCGGAGGGCAGUCCCGCAGGGUCUCGCAAUGCGACAGUGUUUCACCACUGUGCAUGCUAACGCCGACCCAGCAGGGAAACAAGACUUGUGUUAUCUCUUUGGAGUAUCAAGUCUCGUUUAUGGAUCCCCUGUCGGGGAUGAAGUUCGGAGUCAAGAAUCCAUGUCGUUAUGUUCGAUCUGUACCUCGGCCAUUUCGAAUAGUCAGGAGAUGUUCAAGUCACCCACUUGUACUGAGGGUCACACUGCUCAUAAGGCCUGUGUGGAUCCCCGAUACAUUGAAGCAUCUUCAUGCCCCGCUUGUCAAGAUGCACGGCUAGCGGAACAAGACGCUCGACUGGCUGGGCGAAUCGAAGUGCUUCCGCUUGGUUGCGGAUUCACAUAUCCUCAUACCCAUCGGAACAAUGUAUUGACCCCGUUGGCAACACAACAUGGUACCGGGGCACUACGUCCAUCAAGCUCUGGUGCCCUGGGUUCAUACAUAUCUUUCCAAAGAUCUUUCCUGGCCAACCAGGCCAGCCGAGCAGACUGCCCCGAGUUGCAGGGUGUACCCAUUGUCAGCCUAUACCAUCACCAUCUGAGCUUAGAUCGAAUGGACCAUCGUCCGAUUAGCCCUCAUGCUCAGUAAAAUAGCCUUGCCUGUGUAAACCCAUGUUGUUG